AUGUUUAACGAAAAAUCGAAAUCAUUUGUGACUCCAUCGGAGGGUCGAUUGUUCGAGCACCAUGACUUAAGCACUCCAAUAAGCACAAAUGAACCUUCGUUUAUCUCGACGGCAGAUGGCAAUAACUCUCGAAUUGUUAUAGCGAUCAAUGGACAAUUCCCGGGUCCACAGAUUACGGCGCACGAGAAUCAGACUUUGGUCAUUCACGUCCGAAACCUGAUGGACGCAGACACUACUACCAUACAUUUUCAUGGUAUGCAUCAGAAAGGCACCACCUAUUCCGACGGCGUCGCGUUCGUAUCACAAUGUCCGAUAGAACAAAAUCAGACCUUCACCUACACGUUCAAAGCUAAGCCGCAUGGUACCAACUUCUAUCGCGCCCACAGCAGUCAACAGAGGUCUAUGGGACUGUAUGGACCCCUCAUCGUCCAACCUAAACAAGAACUUCCUUCGACAACAAUUGAAGAACUCGUGGCGGUGCUUCAGGACUGGAACCACGACGAUGAUUAUGCCACAUUAUAUCAAUCGAACCCAAUGUUUGUGUUCCAUUCUGGUCUAGUGAAUGGGAAAGGCCGCUACUACCAGGAUAGUGAUACACACAAUCAGGCUCCGUUGACACAGUUUGAAGUCAUUAGGAACGAAUGGUAUACUUUCAGGGUUAUCAGCGCAGCUACCUUUUUCCCUUUUCUUGUUUAUGUUACUGGCCAUCGUAAUCUCACGCUUACCGCAUCGGACGGUUAUGCGAUUAAGGAAAUCGUUGUGAACGCCUUCAUUAUCAACCCUGGAGAGAGAUAUGAUUUCAAGAUAUUUACAAAUCAGCCUAAUGAUAAUUACAUGUUUGUAGCUAGGACACUAGAAAAAGACCAAUUCCACGUAGCGGAGGCUAUAAUUCACUAUCGAAAUGCAGUGGUUAAUUUGAAUCCAGAUAAACCUGCAUCACUUAGUUGUUCCACGGAAAUGAAAUGUAAGAUAUUCAACUGUCCUUACCUUAGUUCUACCAAUGGUGACGAAGAAUGCUUAACGUAUAAUGAUGCACAGACAAAUGACUUCAAUUCAAAACCAGAGGAGGUUGCUACCAUCGAUCACGAAUACUUCUUUAACUUUGCUUUUCCAAAUUCUUCUAAUGCCAUUCCCCACGCAUCAGUGAAUGGCCGUCGGUUUGAAAUACCUACUGCGCCGUUGUAUUCACAACCAGAUGAACUUAACUCAAGCUGCAACAUUCUCUGUCCAACUGACUUUGCCGACAAUAACCUCUGUUCUUGCACAUACACACAGGAAAUUGAGAACGGAAAGGUAUACCAGUUCACAUUAACCAACCUGGGGAACGGAAAAGGAUGGUCACACCCAGUACAUUUACACGGACAUUCAUUCUAUGUCAUGAAGAUGGGUUUUGGCAAGUUUGAUUCAAAUGGAGUUCUAGUCGAUUUGACAACUGACAUUUCCUGUGAGAUUGGAUCGAAAGGAUAUUGUAACAGACCUGUCUGGGCUAAUACUACCUCGAAAGGAGGUAACAUCCCUGGAAUCGUCCUCAACAACAACGCACAGAAAGACACCAUAAUCGUCCCUAGUGGUGGCUACGUCGUCACCAGGUUCAAGGCAGACAACCCAGGGGCCUGGUUUUUCCAUUGUGAUAUCGGCGUCCACAGUGAAAACGGAAUGGGGAUGGUGAUUAUUGAAUCGCCGGAAAAGUAUCCCGACAUACCAAAUGAUUUCCCCGUCUGUGAAAACAGUCUCAAUAAGGCUGGUUUAUCACCAAGCUUGGACUGGAUGCUGUACUGGAUAACAGUCACUGGGAUCAUCAGUAAGUUGGUGCUGAUGUAGAAGAAAACGGAAUCGACUGCCAGUCUUUUGAUCCUAUGACUCGAAACUGUUAUUAUUAAGAAGUCUUCAUCUCUCGAUUUUCUCUGCUGUCAGUUCCUGUCAAAAUUGUCAGCUUAAAUUAUGCCACUG